UUGAGUGAAAGCGCGCAAUUUUUCCGAGUGCCUUUCAGCGGCCUUGUUUUUGUCUAUAAUUAUUCUGUUCUCAUCCUAAGAUUUGUGUUUGAAGAUUUUGAAAUUUGUAUCAAGUACGAGACAUGUGCGGAGUACCCUCCGAAGGUGCCUUUUCCUGGGCCAUGAUGCAGUAUGCUGAAGUAAUGUCAUUAACGAAAAAUCAUUUGACCAAAUUGCAAAUUGAUACUCGUAACGCUGCUGCUAUUUCUUCGCCUCUGCCAACGACGAGACCUUCGUCGUUGAAAAAUCCGAUUUGGAGACAGUCGAAAAUCUCUCGUUCUUCCUUGCUCAAAAGACGAAGCAAACGCGAAUCGAGCUUGGAGAAUUAUGGAAACGAGACAGCUCUUCUGACACCGUCCGAAACUGGCAUCAACGAACUAGAAAAAUACUUAGCUUCUUUCGAAGGCUCCGGUCGAGCAGCUUGGCUCAAGGCUUUCAUGCACCUGAGCAAUUAUCUCCGGACUUUUCACCCACCACCACGAAAGCAGAAAGCAAUUUCUGACCAGAAAAUUCCAUUGUACGACAUCGUUUUCAAUGGACCCAAUAAAGUGGAGCUUGAACUCAUUAAACUCGAUGGUCCCAUGCUUCGAUCCAUGGCGAUAAAGGUGAAAAGAGCUUCGUUGCUUUAUAUCCGUAAAUUUGUGUCCGAAUUUUCUGAAAUCAAACACUUCGCCUUAUAAUUCGAAUGAACGAUUUCGAGGUUUUGGAUUAAGGCAUCCCCUGACCGAAGUUUUAAAACCAGUGAAAAAUAUUAAACAAACGUUAUCGCAUUCAUCAAAACUUUUCUUCUAUUUUGACCAAAUGUAUAUGAAGAAACGUCGACGACGACCGUUCAGAUGCACGGAUUUGGAGUGCCCAGUACGACGCCGCGUGUCGAGUGGAUGAGUCGAGGGCGGAAAUUGUGGGAAGGAGCAUCUUUACGAAAAGAAAUGAACCGAUACGAAACGCUUACAUAGACGAAGGAAUUUAUCGAGCUGGUUUUCAUUAUUCUUGAAUUUAUUAAAUUGAAUAAAAAAGUUUGAAACCGA